AUGAGUUUUCGGAAUAGAAGUUCUCUUGGGAGCUCCACUGCUUCUAGCUCUCGUGUUUCUACAGCAGCUACAUCCGUGAACUUGCUUGGCCCAGAGAUAGUUGUCGGUAUAGACUUCGGAACAACGCACUCAGGAGUUUGCUGGGCUAUAAACGAGGGCCAGAAGAAGAUACGGCUUAUCACUGAUUGGACAAACCCACAAGCCGUUAACGCGAAUGCUGAAAAAGUUCCUUCAGUCAUCUCUUAUCGAAAUGGCCAAGUUAGCAACUGGGGAUACGAGGUUACAAUGAGAGAGGACAGCUUUCGUUGGAUCAAGAUACUUCUUGAGCCUGAGCACAAGUAUGCUAAGACGAUCGAGGACGUGAAACAGAGCAAUGCUCUUCUUACCAAGUUGAAUAAAACUGCUGAUGAGGUAGUUUCCGACUACUUGCGGGCUCUAUGGGCUUAUACAAAAGAAGACAUCCGCAAGCGAAUCGACGACGAGAAUUGGGAGAACACAUUUCGUCUCCGGGUCGUAUUAACGGUGCCCGCAAUGUGGUCUCACCAAGCCAAAGACAGGACUGUCAAAGCCGCACGAGCUGCUGGUCUCCCUGUUGACAUCUCGAUGGUAACCGAGCCCGAGGCAGCUGCUUUGGCAACAUUAAGGGGGAAAGCGGAAGAGGAUACGCUUCGUCCCGGAGACUCGUUUGUAGUCUGUGACGCUGGUGGUGGAACAGUAGAUUUAAUAAGUUACAAAGUAAACAGCAUCCACCCCUUGAGAGUGGAAGAAUGCGCCAUUGGGGACGGUGACUUAUGCGGAUCAGUAUUCCUCGAUCUAGCAUUCGUCAAAUACAUCGCCGCAUUGAUUGGAGAGAAGCAAUAUUCGAAAAUUAAAGAAGUGAGCAAGAAGAAGAUGCUAAAGGAGUUCGAAUUUGGUAUCAAACGAUCGUUCAUGGGCGAUGAUAACAAGGAUUACUCGGUAGACCUAAGAGGUGUUGAAGAUAACGAGGAAGAGGGCAUUGUGGAUGAUAACGUGCCACUUAAAGCGAAUAUGUUGCGCACUGUCUUCGAUCAUAUCUGUGGUCAGAUAGAUACUCUCGUUCAAAACCAGACGAUGGAGGUUCAAGGACGGGGACUUAAAGUGAAGGCUAUCCUCCUAGUUGGAGGGUUCGGAGAGAGCAAGUAUCUUCACAGUCGCCUCGAAAAUGCCUAUACUUCGGAAGGGGUUAGGGUUCUCCAAGUAGAUGGAGCCUGGUCGGCUAUAUGCCGCGGUGCAUGUAUGUGGGGAUUAGAGCAAGUACGAAAGCCUCAUCGCUCGCUUGCAGCAAACGACCCACCAUCCCAUAGCGCGAUCGAUCCCCCAUUGACGCCUAAGAUGGAAUCGACUAUCGUUUCACGCAUCUCAAGAUACAGUUAUGGGGUUCCUGUUAUGGAGAACUUUGACCCGAAGAAACACCUUUGGCGGGAUCGUAUUCUUGACCCUAGCAAUGGUCAAUAUGCAGCAGAUAACCAGAUGAGAUGGUUGUUGAAGAGAGGAGAGAUGAUGCGGGAGAAUGACAUACUGCCGAUCGAUAUCCAACAAGCAGUACACGGUAUUGGCUGGACUAGUACUGGCGCCCGCGAAUUCUCGCAGGUCUUGCUCUACUCUGACCAACCAGAGGCGCCUAGUAGGAGGGAUGAUAGUAAGUGA